AUGGAGAAGAAAAUUGUUAUCCCUCAAGUUGUACCAAAUGCAUGCAAAGACAACAACGGGAACUGCGAGCAGUUCUGCAAAGCUGUAGAGGAAGGAGUCGUGUGUUCCUGUGCUGCUGGCUAUGCCCUGGGCAAUGACAACAAAACCUGUGUUCCUGUAGUCAAGUUCCCAUGUGGUAAGCUUCAGAAAAAUCAUGUUGGUCGAGAGAAAGUCACAGGAACCACAGCAAGUCCAGAUGCUCAUCCUGAAAACGAGGAAACCACCGAGGCCCCGAGCAGCCAUCCAGAGGACACCGAGGAGGCAGGCAGUUUACCCAGCGUGAUCCCAUGGCAGGCUGUUAUAGUCGAUGAGUACAAUGAAUUGUUUUGUGGGGGUACAAUUCUGAAUGAGUAUUUUAUACUUUCUGCAGUUUACUGCAGUACUGAGUCUAAAGACUUACGGGUUUUUGUUGGGAUGGUGGACAAAGAAAAGGAAGAGCCAAGCAGAGCAAUAUACAGAGUGGAAAAAGUAAUUGCACAUGCUGAGUAUGAUAUGAAAACUUACAACAACAACAUAGCCCUUUUCAAAUUAGAAAAACCUAUCACAUUUUCUGAAGAUGUUAUCCCAGCAUGCCUUCCAGAAGAAGACUUUGCUAACAAUGUUCUGAUGAAGCAAAGAUUUGGGAUUGUCAGUGGCUUUGGGAGAACUCUUGAAAAGGGGCAACUGGCCAAAAGAAUGAAAGUGUUUCAAAUCCCUUACGUGAACAGGAGCACUUGUGAGCUUGCCCUUCAUAGCCCAGUCACAACAAACAUGUUCUGUGCUGGUUAUGAUAAACAUGGAAGAGAUGUCUGUGGAGGAGACGGAGGAGGCCCCCAUGUAACGCAAUACAAUGGCACUUAUUUUGUUACUGGUAUUAUCAGCUGGGGAGAAGGCUGUGGAAGGCAAGGGAAAUAUGGAGUAUACACCAAAUUGUCAAAAUUCCUACCUUGGGUAAGAAGUGCUUUGGCAGAAAACUCAUAA